UCACCUUUGCAUGCAUUAGGUCAUAGUCUCAUGGCUAUGGAGGCUGCUUGGCACAACACCCGGAAGGACCAACCCCGUUGACAAUACUGAGCUAAGCUUGGAUACGGCUGAUAUUUUUUUUCUCACUUAACACUUAGGGAGUGUAGUUGUUUAACUAAGUUUUUGAUGGCAGGGGAGGAAGUUGUAAUGGAGUUGAGAGAAAAGAUCCCGGAGGCUGCGGGAGUAGACGCAGGAAGACAAGCGAGGUCCCCUCCCCAGGGCCCUCAUUUAGAAGAAGAAGACGAUGCGAGGCUAAGGGAGUUAUGUCGUAUUUGUUACGCAGAAGGGAUCAUGCCUACGGGUAUUGAUCCUGGAGUGAUGACGAUUGACGGUCGCGAAGCUCGUUUUAAAGUCAACUCAACAAUUGAUCAAGUCAAGAUCAAUGGGCUAAAGGAGCACACGGUCACCGUUAUUUUCCGAGCUGGUGCACGAUUUCUUCCGAGGAACAUCAAGGACGAUAGCGUUAGGGCUUAUGAGGAUAGACGGUCAGCGGAUGGAACUUUCGAACAACAGAAUUUUAGCAUGGAUAGAGUCAAAGUUGAGUCACCGAACGUUGUCUCAUACGUUGCGAAAUCCAAGGAGGUUGCACGAUGGCUGGUGGAGAAGGGUGAGGACGAAGUAACGGUAGGCUCCUUGCGUUAUGUCUUUGAAUUCAAACCAUGGCUGACGAAAGCUCAACUUCGUCAGCAGCGUCUGUUAGAGAACGAACAGACCUUCUGGGUAAUUGCAGUGCAGGUGCCUCUCGAUGCUUUUAUCUUCCUUCAAGCUCAAGUGGAGCGUGCCGUUGGACCGGUAAUCCGAACCUUUCCUCCGGAACAAGACAGAAUGUUCCCGUCGUUAGUCAAUAUCAAAUUCGAGAUUGAACCGGCUGCUCGUGGCAACAUGAAGGAUAAAAUAUGGAUUGAUACUUCGAAAGGAAACUCACUGGAAGCCAAAAUUGCUUCUGCAGAUACUCCUCGAUGUCGCCGUUGUCGGGCUUUCUUCCAUACGGAUGUGGAGUGUCGUCGAAAUCAGCAGCCUCAGGGACAGCCAUCUGCCCCGAGCGGCCCGCAUGCAAGCUCUCCAGCAGGAAGUCGGCAAAAUCAGGGUCCAUUGAGACCUAGACCUGCUUCACCAAGUGUUCAGUCUCCGCAAGGGCCUGGACCGGUGAGAACAGAAGCAGCAGCAAUUUCAACAUCUCUGCCGGCAACUUCAGGAACAGAUAUGCGAGCUAAUCCCGUCUACUCACCAGGAGUGCAUGCGGCUCCUCCUUAUUUCUCACAGCAUCCAAUCUUACCGCAAUCGGAGUUUCCAUGGAUGCAUGGUCCUGGUGAGACUUGGCUAUACUCGCAAUUUUCGUACGGCGGAGCUCAUCAGUAUGGGAUGCCCUUCCCUUCAGUUUUAGGCUCGUAUGUACAGCAGUCUGCUCCGAUGGGCUCUUCAUUUCCAAUCUAUUCUUCGGUGGUGCCGACCAUUCGGCCACUGUCGUUGCCUCAACCAUCUGCGCCAGGUCAUGUCUAUGCUUUGGACUUGAAUCGAGGAGUCGGCAAUCACCCUCAAGGGGGAACUGCUGUGAGCGGUGUCAGUAUUCAUCCGAGUCCAUCUAAGGCUCGGAGUGGAACUCCAGGCAAACAACGGAGGAUUGACCAGGAAGGCAGCUUCGUCUCAGGGCGUGCGGAUUUGGAAGGUGAGAACUCGGUUGGUUCGUCACAAGAUUUAGAUGCGAACCGGUCCACCAUUGGUGUGACAGGUAGUAAGACAUCACGAAGGCGCAUCCCGAUCUCUCUGUCUAGAGGGCAACUACAGGACAUCGAGAAUAGGAUUCUACCCUUUUUUUGUGUGGCGGUCCAUAACUCAUUUUGGGUGAUUGCCUUCGUUGGAAUGGAUGGCUCCCCAACUAUGGUAAGUCUAUCCUCUCCUGAUACACUCAUGUUGUCCGCAGUUGCUAUCCUCGUCCGUACGGCGAUUCAUGAGAAAUUCUCCUUUCGUCUUAUUCCUGAUGUGAUUAUGAGCUGCUAAGUUUAUAUGGAAACCAUACGGGAAAGAAAAAGAUUCCUUCCUUUCCAAAGUUGCUUGGGAAAUCCUGUGCCUCCCGCGGGAACAAGGGGGCUUAGGCAUUCUCGAUCCAAAGAAACAAAAUGACGCUAUGUUAGUAAAAUGGAUUUUAAAAG